GGGAAACUCCAGCGAGUGCGUAAAAAAGUCUUUGCCUCCGCGACGGAUGCUCAAAAGUUCAGAAGUUUUUUUCCCGGCGCCUUUCCGAGCAGUUCGCGGCUCAAGCAAAGGAGAGUGAAGCCGAGACGGAGACCGGGACAGCCCUUCAACCCGGAGGCGUUGGAGAGAAGGUGGAUCUUUCGUCCUAAGCCGAGCUUUAGACCAGAAAGGAGGAAGAGGAGGGGGAGAGAGAGAGAUCCGGACCGGGGCCUCUUUCUCCACAUUUUUCCCCCCUCUCCUCUCUUGCCUGCUGUUUACUUCGCCUGGCUGGGACAGCGUUGGUCAAUCUGUUGGCGAGCUCCGCGGGAAAAAACAGCUCGGGAAACGGAGCGGGCUCCCGUGAGUGAGCGCCUUUCUAUUUUUGUGCUCGAUGGAAGUAACUAACUUUUCUUCUCGGCGGCGGCCGCUUCCGUGGAGUGUCGGCGCCUCGGUUUAAGAAGAAGAACCCAGGAGGAGGAGGGGGGAGGGAAGGAGAUCGAGUCCCCCCUCUCACCCCUCCUCCCUUUGCUCGCUGGCUAUUUUAUUUUCUGAUUAUUUUUUUGCGGUCCUUUUCCUUUUGAGCCGAGGAAGGGAGAAAACCGAAUAGGAUCCAGAGGGGAGGGGGGGAGGUUGGUUUACUUCCCCCCGCUUUUUUUCUUCUUCUUCUUCUUCUUUUUGGAAAAAAGGAAAAUCCUGGUCGCCUCUCCUGGUUUAUACUUUUUUGGCUCCGGAUUUGCGGAGGGGUGGAGGGGGGAAAGCAGAGGAGGCGGCGGCGGGGGAGGAGGAGGCGGCGGCGGAGGCGGCGGAGGAGGAGGCGGCCAGUCUGCUGCUGCUUGGUCCGGCUGGGCUGCCGGAAGGGAGGCCAUGCAGGCUCGCUAUUCGGUGUCCAGCCCCAACUCGCUGGGAGUGGUACCUUACCUUGGCGGUGAGCAGAGCUACUACCGGGCGGCAGCCGGAGGGGGCUACGCGGCCAUGCCUGCCCCCAUGAGCAUGUACUCGACUCACCCGGCAGCUCAUGAGCAGUACCCCGGCGGAGGCGGGGGCCCCGGCGGCAUAGGCAGGCCGUACGGGCCGUACCCGCCGCAGCCGCAGCCCAAGGACCUGGUCAAGCCGCCCUACAGCUACAUCGCGCUCAUCACCAUGGCCAUCCAGAACGCGCCCGAGAAGAAGAUCACGCUGAACGGCAUCUACCAGUUCAUCAUGGAGCGCUUCCCCUUCUACCGGGACAACAAGCAGGGCUGGCAGAACUCCAUCCGGCACAACCUCUCGCUCAACGAGUGCUUCGUCAAGGUGCCCCGGGACGACAAGAAGCCCGGCAAGGGCAGCUACUGGACCCUCGAUCCGGAUUCCUACAACAUGUUCGAGAACGGCUCCUUCCUCCGCCGCCGCCGCCGCUUCAAGAAAAAAGACGCCGUCAAGGACAAGGAGGAGAAGGAGCGCCUCCAGCUGAAGGAGCCGCCGCCGCCGCCGCCUCAGCGGCACCAGCCGCAAGAGGGAGGCCCGCAGCAGCAGCAGCAGCCGCCUCCCCCCGUCAGACUUCAGGACAUCAAGACGGAGAACGGCUCGGCGUCUCCCCCGCAAGCCCUGUCCCCGCUGAGAGGAGCGCCCGUGCCCAAGAUCGAAAGCCCGGAGAGCUCCAGCACCAGCAGCCUCUCCAGCGGAGGAGGAGGAGGAGGCGGCGUCCCAGCCGCCGAGUCAGCACCACCCCCAUCAUCCUCACCAGCACCCCCACCACCAUCAUCCGCACCCCCACCACCACGCUGCCCUCGGGGCUUCAGCGUGGACAACAUCAUCAUGACUUCCCUGCGCACCUCGCCUCAGGGCGCCCCCGCCGAACUCCUGGCUUUGCCGCCGUCCGCGGCCUCCUCCGCGGCCUCCUCCUCCUCUUCCUCGUCCACCACCUCCACCUCCAGGACAGCCGCUCUAGCCUUGAGCAGCAGCUGCUAUUCCCCGGCGGCGGCGGCGGCUCAGAGCUCGCUCUACAGCGCCCCCUGCAGUCAGGGCGUCAACACCACCAGCAGCUCGGGAAGCGCGGCCUCGCCGGCGGGCGGCUGUACCACCACCAGCACCAGCACCAGCUACCACUGCAACUUGCAGGCCAUGAGUCUCUACGCGGCCGCCGGUGCGGCCUCAGGGGGAGGGACGGGGCUCAACAGCGGAGGGGACCGAAGCGGCGGGGGCCACUUGGCCAGCAGCCCCGUCGAGCCGGACCCGCUGCCCGAGUACAGCCUGGCGGCCAGCAGUAGCAGUAGCGCCUCUUCCCUCAGCCUGAGCCCUCAGGAGGGGCACCCUCAAGGCGGCGGCCGCUUGGCCUCUUGGUACCUCAACCAAGCCUCGGCGGUAGGCGAGCUGACGCAUUUGGGCCCCGCUUCGGCUACGUCGGCCUCCUCCUCCUCGCCGGCGGCGGUCUACCCGGGCCAGCAGCAGAACUUCCAUGCCGUGAGGGACAUGUUCGAGUCCUCCCAGCGGCUGGGAUUGAACAACUCUCCUGGCGGCAACGGCAGCGGCUCGGCGAGCAGCUGCCAAAUGGCCUUUCCCGCCAGCCAAAGCCUUUAUCGCCCUUCAGGCGCCUUCGUCUACGACUGCAGCAAGUUUUGACCGCCGGCAGCGGGGGAAGGGAAAGAGGCGCCGAGCCCAGCCAGCGAGCGAGCGGGGAGGCUGAUAUGAAGAACUGCCAUACGGGCCCUUGCCGGCCUUCCUUCCCCCACCAAACCAGAGGGGAAAAAAAACAAAAAAACCCCAAAACUAUUCCGUGCAAAGACGGCGUUUGCCCAGUAAAUAAUUAUUAAGUCAAUGGUUUGUUUAAGGACAGUGUUACACCAAAUAACACGUAAGUUUGUAUGCUUUUUCUCCCCCCCCCCCCUCUCCCCCUUCCCCCCUCCCAACUCCCCCGCCCCCCCCCCCCCCCCCCCCCCCUAGUUUCCAUCUGCGCGCUCUCCCUGCGCCAGACUGCUUGGAUGGCUGCCUGCCUUGCGCUUGACUGGUUGGAUGGCGACCCGAGGAGGCGCAUCCCCGCAACUGAGCGCGCAAGGCAGGCCGCGAAACGAGACUCCCAAAAACACGGGUGGGAGUUUUGCCGUUUGAUUCCAGCCAGGGCCCCUCGCCCCUCUGUGAACCAGGCGCAUCGCCUUUUCCAAAAAGCAGUAAGAAUGUUUUUUGCCCGUUGACUCCUACGCAACCUGGAUUGCGCAGUACACGUGUUGUUUCUUCUCUCCUUUUCUUCUCCUUUUUCUUGCUCCCCCCCCCCCACUCUCGUAAAGGACUGUUUUGUACACAAAGACUUGUUUUAAAGUGUAAAUGGAACAUAGUAAUUUAUUUUUAAAUCUGUUGUUGAAUCGUUCGGACCAAACAACAAAAAUGUUUGCCCCACUCCUUUAUCAGAAAAAAACAACAACGCUUGACUUUAAAAUGACCUGAAACUCUCAUUUUCUUCUUCUUCCAUUAUAUAUAAAAAAGGGGGAUUGUAUUAAUCUUAUUUUAUCAUUUUAUCAUUUUUCCUUUUGUUGUUGUUGAAGAUACCCUUGAAGUUAUUGACUGUUUAUUAAUAAAUUACCAUUCAAUUGGACCAAGAGUCUGGAUACAUUCAUCCCUCUUUUUAAAUUAAAUUUUUUAGAAAUCUAUCAGCCAAAAACACGAAUAAUUAUUAUUUUUAGUGAUAAAACAAUAGUUUUGUAUUAAAAAAAAAACCUUCUGAGUAACUGUAUUUGCAAGACUUUUGAGUGCUGGCAAAUCUAUUUUAAUUUAUAGCUUCACUGCUGAAUUAUUUUAUCAGUAAGUAAACCACCAUUGAUUCCAUCUAUUUUACCCUGUUUUCAAUGGAAUGCACUGUCAGAUGGACUUUUGGAUGAAGUUAAAAGUGACAUAAAACAAAUGCUCUGAAUCAAUCACUUGCUUGAUAGAAUAAUUAUGGUUACAGUUUUGAGAUUUAUGUUUAUUAUAUCUUUGGAAUCUAGGAGAAAAAUUCACUAGGAGAAAAAUUCACAAACAUCUGAGCAGCCAAGCCAUCACAAUUGACUUGCAUUAGAACUAAAGGUCAGGAGACAUUUGGCUAAUUGAACUUACAGGCAUUGCUAUAUGACGCAUAAAGGAAGGCGGCAUUACAGAAGUCAUAAAAAGGUCCAGAAACAAAUAAUGGGUGUAUGUAAACCUGCUAUUUUUAGCAGCAUUUUCUGGUUUCAUGUCUGAGUAUGUUUACACAGAAGUAAAUGCCACUAAUUUGUGCAGGACUUUUUCUUCUGAGCAAGCAUGUCUAAUAUUGCAUUGAACCUUUCUGAAUGUACAUCAUUUUUAAUAUAUGUUUCUCCCCCUUUCUCUCAUCCUAGUAUGUAAAGCCUUUUACAGCC